UUUUUUUUUUUAAGAUUAUUGAAAUUCGAGAGAAAAAGUUCGACUCUUUCCGUGUUUGUCAUUUUGUCUGCGUCUGGUGCUUUUUGAUGAAUUUAAGACAUUUUCUACACGCUAAAUUGUCAAUUGCCUCUCUCUCUCUCUCUCUCUCUCUCUCUGUGUCCUUGAUAUACUCUAUAUUGAUUUCUGAAGCUUUCGUAUUGAGAUUCUACAUGGGAUUUUGUAUCUGUCCUCAAAAUAGAGGACAAAAGCUGUCACAUGUAGAUAGCAUUUCAUUUACUGCUAGGAAAAUCCAAAAUUUCUGCUAUAAAAUUGGUUUCACUCGAUUUUUGUUCCUAAAAUCUGCAAAAUAGUCAAAACCAAAAGACUAGUAUAUUCAUCAACUCUGGGUAUUAGUGGAAAUCAUGGGGAUGGACAAUGAUCUUCAGUUGCACGUGGUCCUCCAGGACCUCCAUGUCUGUUCCCACAACCCAAAAUUUUUAAAUCAGUUAAACCUCAAAUUUGCAUAUUUAAUGAGGAUAAUUAGAUGGAUAUACAAACAAAAUGCUCAAUAAUUUAGGAUUAUUUUAUUGAUGGAUUAACAAAACAAAAGUCUAAGGUACUCUAUGGAGCGUGUGCUGCCGCGUAAUUUCGUGGGUUAUGACUUUUGAUCCCGAAAAUUAUGUUAAUUUGUUCACAACAACUUUAGAAUUUGGCUUAUGGGCCAGAGACAGUUAUUAGUGAUAACUUCUGACAGUUAUUAGUGUAAGAUCAGAUGCUAUCAGUAUAUAGAGGAUCCUAAAAUAUACUCCUAGUAAUAGCCAAGAAGAAAUUUGGAGAGAGAGAGAGUACAUUUAGUGGGUUUCACUUUCAUUCAAUUCCCUGUCAUGAAAAGGAGUUGUGGGUAGCAAGAAGAAGAAACAGGUUUGACAGGGUGUGAGUGAGCAUACGUAACCAAUGCAUAUCCAGCCCAGCCGACCAUGGCAUUCCCGUGAGAGGGACUAAAAAGGAAGCCAGAGAUAAAGGCAAAAGGGUCCCUCUUAUCCUACGCACAUUUCUCUAUACCCAGAGCACAUUUCACUUUCUCUAUUCUCCCCAGUGUCUAAAGGGAAGCCAACCCUUCUUUUGUUCUGGUUAUUUCAGGGACACUGUCCUUGUAACUUGUUGAUGACAUUCAGUGAUGAUAGAUUUUGCUCAUUGGAUCCUUAGAUGUUUCCCAACUCCGUUCUCUCUUGUUUAUCGUUGCCUGAAUCUGAUGUGGGGAGAUUUGGGCUUUUAUUAAUGAAAGAAGAGUAUCCAUUUCCACUGAUUUGUAGAGAAAAAAGGAUCGUCUUCUUUUUGAACAAUUGGUUUCAUACCACUAGCUGUGGGAGUUUUUCAUGAAAGCCUGUCAAAUGUGUUGUCUAAUUAUAUGAAGCGAGGAAUCAAUGUGGUCUGAUGUUGUGAGUGUGGAUGGAUGUACAUGAAUCGAAGGCUUCAUUAAAGAAGCACUCUGCAGUGGAGGCCUCAAGACCACCAUUGGUUCCAGCUGAAAAGAACAAUGGAACAACCCACAGGUCUCGAACUAAGGAAGUUAGCUCUAGAUAUAGAUCACCUACUCCAUCUAGGCGUUGCCCGUCACCUAAUAUCACAAGAACAUCCACUCCAUCUUCCCAAUCGGUACCAAAGAGAGCUGUAUCAGCUGAAAGGAAGAGACCCUCUACACCACCAUCACCCCCAAGGCCAUCCACACCAGCUCGUGAUACAGCAACCGAGAUGCUGUUGGCAUCAAGAAAGGUAAUGGGUAACAAUCGGUUGCCAGAGGGUUUAUGGCCAUCCACAAUGCGGAGUCUCAGUGUUUCUUUCCAGUCUGAUACUUUUUCACUGCCCAUUACCAAGAAAGAGAAGCCGGCUCCUCAUGCCAUUUCUGAUCGUGCUUUGACUCCAUCGCCAAAUGUGUCACAAAAACAGGCCGAAACGCGGCCUAUUUCAAGAAAGUCCACCCCGGAUAGAAAGAGGAGUCCGCUUAAAGGAAAGAAUGCCACUGAUGAGUCUGAGAAUUCAAAACCAGUUGAUGGGUCACAUGGUCGACUAGUAGAUCAGCAUCGAUGGCCUAGCAGAGCAGGUGGGAAGGUAUCUUCCAAUGCUUUAGCUAGAAGUAUGGAUCUCAACCACAAGACGGCUAAACCGUCGCCAUUUCCAAAUGUGGGUAUGGGGACAUCUUCUUUUAGGAGAAUGUCUUUUCCUGAUGGUACGAGUAAGCCCUUACAAAAAUCAGUCAGUGAAGCAGUGAGGCUGAACAUGGAACUUGAUAUGCAUUCAGUGUAUGAUAAAUUGCGGGAAUCUGGAUUACAAAAUCCUGUUUCUUCUCGUCCAUUAGAAAGGAUGGGAUUGGUUACUCCUGUUCUUAGAUCUCAGUCUUUGCCUACCCCUGGAUUACGGCCUCCAUCUCCAAAUAAGGCAUCAGUGCUUUCAUCCUCUAUUUCUAGAGGUGUCAGUCCAUCCCGAACAAGGGCUUUGAAUCCCACUGCUAGAGGUAUCAGUCCAUCUCAGACAAGGCCAUCUAGUCCCUCAAGGCAAUCUAACAGUUCUACUUCUGUCCUCAGUUUUAUUGCCGAUAUUAGAAAAGGAAAGAAGGGUGCAAACCACAUAGAAGAUGCUCAUCUUCUGCGGUUACUACACAAUAGGCAUUUGCAAUGGCGAUAUGCCAAUGCUCAAGCAGAUGCUUCUUUAUAUGAUCAGAAAGUAACGGCAGAGAAAACAUUGUACAAUGUGUGGAGAACUACGUCAGAGUUGUGGGAUUCAGUAUCUAAGAAGAGGAUGGUCAUCCAGGAGCUGAGGCUGACACUGAAGCUGCAUUUAGUUUUGAAUGAACAAAUGGCCUACCUAGAGGACUGGGUUUCAAUUGAAAGAGAUCAUACUAGUUCUUUAGCUCGGGCAAUUGGGGACCUUCAGUCAAGCACUCUUCGUCUUCCAGUUUGCGGAGGAGCAAGGGCAGAUGUUGAAACUGUGAAAGCAGCUGUAUCCUCUGCCGUUGAUGUGAUGCAAGCUAUGGGAUCCUCUAUUUGUUCUAUACUCCCAAGGGCGGAGGGUAUGAACUGUCUAGUGUCUGAACUGGCUGAUGUGGCAGCACAGGAGAGAGCCAUGCUCGAUGAAUGUGAGUCUCUAUUGGCAUCAACAAAAGCUAUGCAGGUGGAGGAAUACAGCCUUAGGACCCAUCUCAUACAGCUGAAACAAACUUCAAAGAAUGUUCAACGGCUGACGAACGGCAACCGGCACACCUACGUGACUGCCCAUAUGCUAACCUAACAACCUUUUGCGUUUUCCUCCCAAGAAAUGACAAGCAACGCUGUCACCUUCGGUAUGAGCAAGUGUGUAUAUUGGUUUUUAACCUUCCGCAAUUCUGUUGGGAGUAUGUAUUUCCCCACGAUUCAAGUUUUCCUUCUUUGUUUAGCGAGUAGGUGUUUGGCUCCAUUCCUUUCUACAUUUAGUUUUUAUCAUCACUCGACUGAAAAGAAAAAUGCAUAGCAAAGUUCAGUAUAGAAGUGAUGGUUUUAACAUCUGUGGAUGCACGAGGAAGUGGGUUGGAAGAUGUUUUAGCGUGCGGAUGCGCUGCAAAGAUUUGAAGCACCUUGAUACGAUUCCGUUUGGCCCAAUUUCGAACAGCUUUCUCAGUGGGUUUUGACUUUUGAGUGACUACUGAAUCAAUUGAGAUGAUUUUGAAGAAUGUUUGACAGCAAUAAGGCCAAGUAGGUUUCUGGAAAAUGUCUUUUGGCUAGGCUCCGUUUGUUUAGAAGUAAAUUUUUUUACAAUGUAAAAUGUUUUCUGUUUUUA